CGCUAGUGACAGUUGAACUUCGUUCAAAAGUUUUAAAAUCAUUUUUAAUUAAUAAAUAAUAUAGUGCUGUUAAGAUUAUUGUAGAUUUUAUUUAUUCAUCAUGGAAGCUAAAGGAUCCACAAAUAUCCAAGUAGCUAUCCGAAUGAGACCUCUCAUUAAUACAGAAGAAGUGAAAAAAUUACGUGCACAGUGGGGCUCCCAAAACAAUUUAAUAUAUCAGAUUGAUGAUAAUGGUCUUCGACACCAGCUUGGCGAAGUAUAUAGUUUCGACCAUAUUUUUGGUACUGAUAAAACCAAUUUGGAUAUUUACAAUGAUAUAGUAAAAGACUUUGUGGUGUCAUCUUUAUCUGGUUUAAAUUCCACAAUCUUUGCCUAUGGCCAGACAUCCUCUGGCAAAACAUAUACAAUGCUCGGAGACAAGACCAACAUGGGUAUUAUGACCCUAGCAAUAGAGAACAUAUUUAAAAUGGUAGAAAACAACAAACAACGAAAAUAUUUACUAAGGGUGUCGUACAUGGAAAUAUACAAUGAAAAAAUUAAUGACCUCUUAGACCUGAAUAACAAGGAUGUAAAAAUUCGAGAAUUUUUCCCCUGUACCAUUGGACUCCAAAACAUAAAAGAAGAACUUGUUACGAAUAAAGAACAGAUGUAUGAGUGUCUGAAAACAGGAAACUUAAAUAGACAUAUAAGUGCAACUAAAGCAAAUGACAGAAGUAGUAGAUCACAUACUAUUUUUAAAAUUGUGAUUGAAUCAACAGAAACUGGUGACUCUGGUGGCUGCAUACAAAUUUCUAAUUUAAACUUGGUGGAUCUAGCUGGAUCAGAACGUGUCGCUCAAACCAAAGCAACGGGAAUGCGGCUCAAAGAAGGGGGUCACAUAAACAAAUCAUUAUCAGCAUUAAGUCUUGUGAUAAAGCAGCUAAGCGACGGACAAGAGUUCGUGAAUUUUCGAGAUUCCAAAUUGACGAGGUUGUUACAAGACUCUCUUGGUGGAAAUUCUAAGACAUUAAUCAUUGCCACUAUUACCCUAGCAUCUGUUGAAGACACAAACUCAACUUUGGCAUUUGCACAACGCGCUAAAACUGUAAAAAAUAAACCACGAGUGAACGAAAUUCUAACAGAAACAGAUGUUACUAAGCGAAAUGCUGUUCUAACUGCAGAGCUGCAGAAAAAGUUGAAGGAGCAGAUGAUCAUAAAUCAGAAUUUUCAGAAAACUGAAGAAGAGUAUUUUAAGAAGAUAUCAAAUUUGCAACAACAGGUAAAAAUGUUGGAAGAUUUUCAAGGAGCACAUACUACUGAGGUCAAGACUGUUCCUAAACGGAGACAUACUAUAGGUUUUUCUGCACAAAAAAAAAUCAUUUCCAGGCUUCCACUUGACGAUUUGGAAAAAAGCUGUAAUGAUUCUGCAGAAAUCACUCUUUUUGAAGACUUACUUAAAAGGGACCCUCCAUCCACUGUUUGUAAGCUCAGUACCAUCAGAGAAGAAGAUCCAUUACCAUCAACUAGCUUUUCUACUCCUAGUAAAUUCGCGAUUCCAAGAAAAUUUUCUACUCCAGAAAAUUGUUUAAGAAUGCGACUUUCUUCGCUUGAGGAAGAAUAUCAUGAAUUGGCUUCAUUUACAAGAAAUGAAAACAACAUAUUCAAUGAGACAGCAAAGAAGGCAGAUGCAUUAGAACAACAGCUUGCAGAAGCACAGAAGAAGCUACAAGAUUUUGAAAUCAAAGAACUAGAACUGCAGACCAAAAUAAAAUGCCUAGAGGACCAACUAGGUAAAAAUGAAGAUGUAGACGACCCUCCACUUACAGACAUCAUGGAUGAAUUAAUUCGUUUGCAAGAAAUAUUAAACAAUCCACGAAUUUUCGACGCCUCAGAGUAUCCACCACAAGAAAAUUCGGUUUUGCAAGUAAUAAAAAAAUUCAACAUCAAAGCGAAAACUUCCAAAGACAUAAUUGAAACGGAAAUUCUAAAACAGAUCAACAACUUUGAUAAUAAUUCGCCAGAUCUAAUUAAGUUCCCCAGUGAACUAAAAAGUUUUAACGACCUCCUAAACCAGCUAUCAUUGUUUGAAAGCGACUUGCCGGCAGAUGUAAUUAACUUGAAAAAAGACACCGUGGAAGAUGUUAAAGUGUUAAUCAAAAUCUAUGAGUCGUUUUUGCGAAAAAAUGAAACUAUUAGACAGUAUGCAGAAAAAAUAAAAAAUUUGGAACAAAACAACAAGCGCACUAAUCUAGAGAGUGAAAAAUCUGAACUGGCUGAUUUAUCAGAGACACACAGUAAUUAUGCUUUGUUGAAAGAAGAAUUCGAAGAUAAAAUUAAAGAGAAUGAAAGCUUGCUACAACAACUGGAUCAUUUAAAAAUGUUAAUGGAAACGACGAAGAACGACGCGAACAUGUUAAGUGACCAGUUGAAUGAAAAAAACACCAAAUUGUUAGAAGUUGAAACAAACUACAUUUUACUGGCACAGGAAAAUGAAGAGUUGAAACAAAAAUAUAAUUCUGAAAACACAAGCUUAACAGAUGAGUUAACUAAAUUAAGGAAGGAUGUUCUGGAGAGUAACGACAUUAUAGACAAGAUCAGCAAAAACUGUACAACACUUGAAGGUGAAAAACUAAAGUUGCAACAUCAAAUCGCCAACACUGCUAAAGAAAACGAAGUGGACAAGGGUAAUUUAGAGAUGGAUCAACUGAGAAUACUAAUUAAAACAAUGACAUACGACGCGGACGCGUUAAAUGCGACGUUGAUUGAAAAAAAUAACAAAAUAUUAGAAAUUGAAAAAAACUGCACUUCACUUACACAGGAAAAUGAAGAACUGAAGCAAAAAUGGAACAACACAUGUUCUGAAAACCCAAAUUUAACAGACGAACUAAAUAAGCUAAAGAAGGAUGUCCUAGAGAGCAACAACACUAUUGAACAAGUUAACAAAAAUUAUGCAAUACUUGAAGAAGAAAAAGAGUACAUUUCAAAAGAAAUGGAUAAGUUGAGAAUGUUAAUUAAGACAAUGACGGACGAUACGGAUAUGUUAAAUGCGAAGUUGAGUGAAAAAAAUAACAAAAUAUUAGAAAUUGAAGAAAAUUGCACUUCACUAACGCAGCAAACGGAAGAACUGAAGCAAAAAUUGAACAACGCAUUUUCUGAAAACGCAAACUUAACAGACGAACUAAAUCAGUUAAGAAAGAAUGCUGAAGACAGUGACAACACUUCACUUAUACGUGAAAAUGAAGAACUGAAGCUAGAAUUGAACAACGCAUUGUCUGAAAACGCAAACUUAGCAGAUGAACUAAAUAAGUUAAAAGAGGAAUUUCUGGGUAGUCAGAACACCAUAGACGAGCUUACCAAAAAUUCUAUGUUAAUUGAAAACGCAAAACUGCAGUUAGAACAACAAAUUACCAGUCAUGGCAAAGAAAAAGAAAAUUUUGUAAAAGAAAUAGACAGAAUUAAACUUGUUGUGGAUUCACAAAAUCGAGAACUUCAUAAUUUUACUCUGAGCGUGUUGGAGAAGAAUAAAGUAAUAGCAGACGUGGAAAAUAACCUUACAAAGCUUAAACACGAAAAGGAAAAGCUAGAAAAAGAAAUGUGUGCGAUUUCUGACAACAAUCAAUAUUUGAAACAAGAAAUUCAAAGAAUGAAAAGUGACAACUCUUCAGAUGACCUGAAAAUUAAGAACCACCGCAAUGAAAUUUUGACUGUUAAACUAGAAGAAAAGGACAAAGUUAUACGUGAAAUUGAAACCAAGAACAGCAAGUUGGUGCUUGAUUUAGAAGACUUCAAGCGUAAGUUCGAAAAUACAGUGUCAGAGAAUGAAAACUUAAAAGAAGAAAUACGAAAAGUAACCAGCGACCGGGAAUUCGAUUGUGAAAAAAUAAAAAAUCUGCAAAACAGUGUCAAUACAAUCACUACAGAAAUAGAAAGCAAAAAUUUCACGCUAGUAAAAUUAGAGAACGAGCACACGUCACUAACACAAGAAGUAAAAAAGUUGAUGCAAACUAACAGUGAAAAGGAUAAAGUUAUACGUGAAAUUCGCAACAACAAUAAAAGAAUUUCUUCAGAAAUGCAAAACGUACGAGAGAAGUUGAAGGCAGCUGAUACACAGAAUCAACAUCUGAAAACCGAGAUUGAAAGCCUCAAGAAAAAUGACAAAAUUUUCCUUGAGGCGCAAGAAAAGUGUAGGCAUCUUCAGUUAGAGGCGGAGCUCGCAACUGAAAAAGUCAACGAAAUUUUGGUGAUGAAAGAACAACUAACCAACGAAAUUGAAAAUCUGAAAAAAACAGUUCAAGAGCACCGACAUGUCAUCUCUUCAACUGAACAAAAAUUAAAUCAAAGCGAACAGAGAGUUCAAAAAUAUAAGCAAUUGCUUGAAAUUGCACAUACUGAAAUUAAUGACCUAAAAGUAGUGCUGUCAGAUAAAGAGAAGUUGAAAUGUCAGAUUAGUGACUACCGGUGUCAACUUAAUGUGACUAACAGUAAGUUACACGAAUCCACAAAGGUCAAUCAGGAUCUAACAAUACAACUUAAGCACUUACAAAUGACAGCAAACGGUUGUGAUAAAAGCUAUAAUAAAAACUGUGAAGAGAAAGGAGAACUUUCCGUCUUAGAUUUACGUCGUACGAAAAAAGAGCUCGAGGAUGUGUUGUGCCGCAUUAUUGAGCAGGUCAUUAGUGAACAAAAAACGUUGCUGUUAUAUCGUCAAUCGCAAGAUCGAAGAGACGAUUUUAAAAAUGUUAUUAGAGAUGUAAAGUUGGCUAAUGCAGUAUUAAAGAAUCAAUUUCAAUUAUUACGAAACCAAAAGGAAUAUGAUUUACAUGGAAUAAGUGAUAAUUUAUUAAAAUCGAGGUCUAGCUUUCAACAAUACAUUAAUUUAGAAAAAACUUUCCUUCAAAAACAAAUUGAUGAGUUGAAUUCCACAAAUGAGUCAUAUUUGCAAGAAAUUAUCGCGCUUAAAGACAGUCAAAAAGGUAUCAGUAUGAAAAACUGUUUCCAAUGUACAUUAUUGCAAGCAGAAGUGGCAAAAUUGAGGGAACUACCGGCGACGCAGGAAAAAAUGCUUAGUUCGUUAAAAGACAAAAAUAAAAUAUUAGAAAAGGAAAAUUUUGAGAGGGUACAGCAAGUAGUGGCUUUACAAGUGCAAAUGUUUGAAGAACAGGACAAAAAAGUAGAAAUGGAAUAUACAAGGUGGUUAAAGUUUUACCGAGAAAAUGCUAAAACGCAGCAAAGAGAAAUUGAAACUCUGAAACGUGAACUACAGCAAUAUCAAAAAACCAAAGAAAAUAAAAUAUCUCCAGAAGUUCAGUGUAACAUACAAACCAAAGAAAGUGAAAGAUCUGCAGAAGUUCAGUGUAACAUAUUACAAGAAGAAUCUCAUUUACAAAUAAAGUACAACAUGAUGAAACAGAUUUGCAUUCAACGAAAAGACGAAAUUGCCGCUUUAAAAUCCGAAAUUCUCGUUCUUAAAAAUAACCGGAAUACCGACAUGCAAGAUUCUAGCCCAAACAAGGAGAACGCGGUUGAGAAAACUUCAGUUGGAGUUCAGUGUGAUCUAUUUAGUGGAAAAUACAAUUUAACAAAGAAACUUGCUCAGAUGAGAAGAACAGAAAUUCUAGAAUUACAAGCUGAACUUCAAGCCCUAAAAACUCAAAACAGUGUAACAAAAAGCUGACUGUGUCUUGCUUGACUGGUGUAAUAAAAAUGUUUUGUUUUAUAUUUUUAUUUUAGUGCAAGUUUUAUUUAUACGAAUUUUUUAAAUAAAUUACACCGCAGUGUUGGCGAUUAAA